CACCUUCUCAGAUUAACCUUUGAAAUAAGAGGAACUCUGUUUCCAGGAGAAGUUUUUGCUAUAUGUGGAAGCUGUGAUGCUGUGGGAAACUGGAAUCCUCAAAAUGCUGUGGCUCUCCUUCCAGAGAAUGAGACAGAUGAAAGCAUGUUUUGGAAAGCAACCAUUGUACUCAGUAGAGGAGAAUCAGUUCAGUAUCGCUACUUCAAAGGGUGCUUUUUAGAACCAAAGACUAUCGGUGGUCCAUGUCAAGUCAUAGUUUACAAGUGGGAGACUCAUCUACAACCACGAUCAAUAACCCCUUUAGAAAGUGAAAUUAUUAUUGACAAUGGACAAUUUGGAAUCCACAGUGGUGCUGAGAAUUUGGAUUCGGGAUGGCUGACGUGUCAGACUGAAAUAAGAUUACGUUUGCAUUAUUCUGAAAAGCCUCCUGUCUCUAUAACCAAGAAGAAAUUUAAAAAAUCUAGAUUUAGAGUGAAGCUGACACUAGAGGGUCUGGAGGAAGAUGAUGAUGAUAGGGUGUCUCCCACUGUUCUUCACAAAAUGUCCAAUACCCUGGAGAUAUCCUUGAUAAGCGACACUGAGUUCAAGUGCAAGCAUUCACAGCCGGAUUGUGGGUAUGACUUACAGCCUGAUCGUUGGACAGAAUAUAGCAUACAGACAAUAGAACCAGAUAAUUUGGAACUAAUAUUUGAUUUUUUUGAGGAAGAUCUCGGUGAACAUGUAGUUCAGGGUGAUACUCUUCCUAGACAUGUGGGUACAGCAUGCCUCUUAUCAUCUACCAUUGAUGAGAGUGGGAAAAGUGCUGGAGUCCUCACUCUUCCUAUCAUGAGCAGAAAUUCCAGACAAACUAUAGGCAAAGUAAGAGUUGACUAUAUAAUUAUUAAGCCAUUACCGGGAUACAGUUGUGACAUGAAAUCUUCAUUUUCCAAGUAUUGGAAGCCAAGAACACCAUUGGAUGUUGGACAUCGAGGUGCGGGGAAUUCUACAACAACUGCUAAGCUUGCUAAAGUUCAAAAAAAUACUAUUGCUUCUUUAAGAAAUGCUGCUAAUCAUGGUGCAGCCUUUGUGGAAUUUGAUGUACAUCUUUCAAAAGAUUUUGUGCCUGUGGUGUAUCAUGACCUCACCUGUUGUUUGACUAUGAAAAAGAAAUUUGAGGCUGAUCCGGUUGAAUUAUUUGAAAUUACAGUAAAGGAAUUAACAUUUGACCAACUCCAGUUGUUAAAGCUUACUCAUGUGACUGCACUAAAAUCUAAAGAUCUAAAAGAAUCUGUGGUUGAAGAAGAAAAUUCUUUAUCUGAUAAUCAGCCAUUUCCUUCUCUUAAGAUGGUUUUAGAGUCGUUGCCAGAAGAUGUAGGGUAUAACAUAGAAAUAAAGUGGAUCUGCCAACAAAGUGAUGGAAUUUGGGAUGGUAACUUAUCAACAUAUUUUGACAUGAAUCUGUUUUUGGAUAUCAUUUUAAAAACUGUCUUAGAAAAUUCUGGAAAGAGAAGAAUAGUGUUUUCUUCAUUUGAUGCAGCUAUCUGCACAAUGGUUCGGCACAAGCAGAACAAAUAUCCCAUAUUAUUUUUGACUCAAGGAAAGUCUAAUAUUUACCCUGAACUCAUGGACCUCAGAUCUCGGACAACUGCUAUUGCAAUGAGUUUUGCACAGUUUGAAAAUCUACUGGGGAUAAAUGCACAUACUGAACUGCUCAGAAACCCAUCCUACAUUGAAGAGGCAAAAGCUAAGGGACUAGUCAUAUUCUGCUGGGGUGAUGAUACCAACGACCCGGAAAACAGGAAGAAAUUGAAGGAAUUUGGAGUUAAUGGUCUAAUUUAUGAUAGGUAUUUGUUUUUCAUGAAAAACUUUCAUGAACUGUUAGCAAAAAAGUAGCUUUCAUUUUAUAGCAUAAAUACUAUUAAACUUAGUUAAAAUUCAGUA